AUGGCUUUCUGUGAGAAUUUCCUUAACAUCUUUGUGCUUCAUACAUGGUUUUUGUCGAUGGUUACGGAUGAAUUUAAAGGUGGCAAAAUUACAGUAGAAACAGCUCACAAAUUACUUGAAAAAUUACAUAUCCACUGCAGUUUAAGUCACUUCAAACUUAUUUUUAAGGAUAAUGACAGACAGAAACUAGGAAGAAUCACAAUAGAAGAAUUUAGAUCAAUUUAUCGAACUAUUGCACACAGAGAAGAAUUAUUAGAGAUCUUCAAUGCAUAUUCUGAAGACCGAAAAUUUAUUCGUAAUCAUAAUAUGAUAAACUUUUUGACAAAAGAGCAGUACAUACUUGAUGUGAAUGACUCAGUUGUUUAUGAAAUCUUUGAAAAAUAUGAGCCAAUUGAAGAAGUUAAAAAGGAAAAGAAGAUGUCAUUGGAAGGUUUUAUAAGAUACAUGGCUUCAUCUGAAUGUCUGAUAUUCAAUACUAAUUGUCACAAAGUUUAUCAAGAUAUGAGUCAUCCAAUAUCUGAUUAUUUUAUUUCAUCUUCACAUAAUACCUAUUUAAUAUCUGACCAAAUUAUUGGACCAAGUGAUCUUUGGGGAUAUGUGAGUGCUCUUGUGAAAGGAUGCCGCUGUCUGGAGAUCGACUGCUGGGAUGGAUCACAGAAUGAGCCGAUUGUGUACCACGGUUAUACACUCACGAGCAAGAUUCUGUUUAAAACGGUUAUCCAGUCAAUCCAGAAAUAUGCGUUCAUAUCAUCAGAAUACCCAGUGGUGCUCUCGUUGGAAAAUCACUGCUCUCCGCCUCAACAAGAAGUUAUGGCAGAUAACCUGCAGUCUACUUUCGGAGAAGCCUUACUUUGUGACGUACUUGAGGAUUUUCCAGACAGACUACCUUCACCAGAGGCAUUGAAAUUUAAAAUACUAGUUAAAAACAAGAAAGUGGGAACCUUACAGGAAACCCAAGACAGAAAAGGCUCUGAUAAGCAUGGCCAGGUGCAGGAAUAUGGCGAAGAGGAGUAUCCAGACCCCCAAACCUCAUCUUCAGAAACAGUUACAGCUAAGAAAAGCAGUGACGACAUGAAAAAAAGUUCAUCUAUAUUAUCAAUUUUCAAGAAAAAGAGGGUAAAAGUGUCUUUGGCACUCUCUGAUCUUGUCAUUUAUACUAAAGCUGAGAAAUUCAGAAGUUUUCAGUAUUCAAGACAGUUUCAAAAAUUUAAUGAAGCUAAUUCUAUAGAGGAAACUGAAGCCCGAAAACUUUCCAAGUUGAAAGUUCAGGAAUUUAUUUAUCAUACUCAGAUGUUUAUCACCAGAAUAUAUCCCGAUUCAACAAGAACAAAUUCUUCCAAUUUUAAUCCUCAAGAAUUUUGGAAUAUUGGUUGUCAAAUGGUGGCCUUAAAUUUCCAGACCCCUGGUAUGCCUAUGGAUCUUCAAACUGGAAAGUUUUUGGAUAACGGUGGUGCGGGUUAUGUUCUGAAGCCAAAAUUCUUAAGAGAUAAAACGUCAAACUUUGAUCCAAAUAUACCAUUAGCAGACAAUAGUCCUUUUACGGUUACAAUCAGGGUCAUCAGUGGUGUUCAGUUGCUUCCCAAUUUAGCACCAUCCAGUACAGCUAAUGUAUUCGUGAUUAUAGAAGUUUUUGGUGUUCCAAAUGAUGGAAUCAAACAGCAGACUCGUGUAAUUAAAAAAAAUGCUUUCAAUCCAAAAUGGAAUGAAACAUUCACAUUUGUUAUUGGGGUUCCAGAACUGGCUUUAAUCCGUUUCGUUGCUCAAAGUCAAAAUUUAAUAGUCGGAACUGAAUUUCUGGGGCAGUAUACUUUACCCGUUCUAUGCAUGAGCAGAGGUUACCGUCGUGUUCCCCUCUAUUCCAAAGAGGGUAGCAGUCUUGAGCCUGCUUCACUUUUUAUUUAUGUUUGGUACAUCCGGUAG